AUGGCGGACGAUGGUAUGAUCAUGAACUUCGACCUCGGGGAUGCGCCCCUGAUCCCUAAACAGGUCUUCCAAGGAGGGAGAUGGAGGGAUCGACUGGCAGCGAAGAAAAUUACACAGAAGAGGGCACUGGCGCGAUCAACGAAUCCUGCCGAUAGGGAGUUGUUCCAGGAGAAACGGCAUGAUGUUGCGGUGGAGGAGUACAUCGGCCCGGGAGCAGCACCAAGGCCACCGAAACGGCAACGAGUUGACCACGACACUGGAGAAAAGUCGAACAGUGCGAACAGUGUUGCGCUCGGCCCCGGAAAGGCACCAUCUACGAGCAUAGAAAACAGGAGGGCGUCUUCCCAGGAAGAUUACCGGUCUGGAUUUGUGGCUGGUAAAUUGCCUCCUGGAAGCAUCAAUGGUGGUGGAAAAAAGGCAGGAUGGACGAAAGAGGAUACUCGACCUGCUUUCGUAGCUGGAAAACUACCUCCCGGAAGUAUAAGUACUGGCGGGAAGAAAUCUACAUAUUUCCAGGACGAUUCAAGACCUGCCUUCGUUGCUGGAAAACUACCUCCCGGGAGUAUAAAAACUGGCGGCAAGAGAUCUGUUUCUUUCCAGGACGACACGAGACCUGCACAAAGACGCGAAGCCACGGUGCGAGAAGAGACACGGCCUGCAUUUGUGUCUGGAAAACUGCCACCCGGAAGCAUUAACCUCGGAACGAAAAAGACCACUAAAUUCGAGGAUGACUAUCAGCCGGCAUUUGUACCUGGAAAAGCUAAUACUGGAGGUGGUGGGAAGCCCACUCAAAUCAUUUCGUCCUUGUUCUCGUUCAAUCCUUCUGGAAAGACAGCAUUUGAGGCACCCGACGAAGAGGCAGAGCCAGCAAAGCCUUCUAAUGCGCCGCUCACUCCAGAGAUGGCUACGUUUACGGCCCUGGGACUAUCAAUAAGAUUAGCAGCUCAUCUGUCAACGAAAAUGGACAUGAAGGCACCAACAGCGAUCCAGAAAGCAUCGAUCACUCAAAUGCUCAAAGAUGACAGCGAUGCAUUCAUACAAGCUGAGACUGGUUCUGGAAAGACCCUGGCAUAUCUUUUACCAAUUGUUGAGCGGAUUAUGGGCAUGAGCACUAAGGAUACGCAGGUACAUAGAGAUUCUGGUCUUUUUGCCGUGGUCCUUGCACCUACCAGGGAAUUGUGCAAGCAGAUUGCAACAGUUCUGGAAAAGAUCCUCCGAUGUGCUCCAUGGAUCGUGAGUACGACUGUCAUUGGAGGAGAGAGCAAGCAGUCGGAGAAGGCUCGGUUACGGAAAGGUGUAAACAUCUUGAUUGCGACACCUGGUCGACUGGCAGACCAUUUGGACAACACCGAAGUCCUGAAUGUGAGUAAAGUCAGGUGGUUGGUAUUGGAUGAGGGUGAUAGACUCAUGGAAUUGGGAUUCGAAGAGGAAAUCAAGGGAAUUGUUGAGAAGAUCGGGAAGAGUGAGCUUGUCGUGAACAAGAGACAUACCCUGGACCUCGCCAAACUGCCCAAGCGAAGAAUCACCGUCCUCUGCUCCGCCACGAUGAAGAUGAACGUUCAAAGAUUGGGAGAGAUCAGUUUGAAGGACGCCGUGCACAUUCAGGCGGAUCCCUCUGAAGAAGAGGCCGCCAAGGACAAACAAGCCGGGGUCGAAGCAGACGACAAGAAGUUCUCGGCUCCUGCACAACUUAAGCAGGCUUACGCUGUCGUGCCAGCCAAGCUGCGACUAGUUACAUUGACCGCCAUCCUGAAGCGAGCCUUUGCUAGACGAGGUUCUGUGAUGAAGGCGAUUGUAUUCAUAUCCUGCGCAGAUUCGGUCGAUUUUCAUUUUUCACUCUUCAGUCGCCCCCUCGAAUUAUCACCUGAGGAUGGAGAGACAGCAGUCAAGCCUCCGACGAUCACUAGAAACGAUCUCACCAAAGACACUAUCGCUCUCGGUACAGAAAUCUCAAGUAAAACCAACUUUGUUGUUUUACACAAACUCCAUGGCUCCUUGGCACAGAACAUCCGAACAGCAACCCUCAAAGCAUUCACCGAAUCUUCGGAACCCUGCGUCUUGAUCUGUACUGAUGUCGCCUCUCGAGGUCUGGAUCUACCGAACGUCGACUAUGUCAUAGAAUAUGAUCCUCCCUUCAGCGCAGAUGACCAUCUCCAUCGUGUUGGUAGAACAGCAAGAGCUGGAAAGGACGGACGAGCCCUCAUCUUCCUCAUGCCUGGUGAAGAAGAAGAAUACGUCGAAGUACUCGCAUCUGGAUACCGAAACGGCAAGAAAUCCCUGACACAUAACACUUCGACAGACCUGCUACAGAAAGGAUUUGGCGGAAUUGGGAACGAUUGGGAAGAACGUGCCACGGAAUGGCAAUUAGACAUCGAACGCUGGGCCCAGGAUUCGCCGAAAUACCUGGAGAUGGCGCGUCGCGGGUACCAGAGUCAUAUUCGUGCCUAUGCAACGCACGUAGCUAGCGAGCGCAAAUUUUUCAACAUGCAGACUCUGCAUCUGGGACAUUUGGCCAAAGCAUUCGCUUUGCGGGACAAGCCCGGUAGCAUCAAAGUACCUGGAUUAAGACCUGCAAAGAUGACCAAGGCCGACAGAAGUGUGGCUGCGAGGAAAGCCAAGAGAGGAGAGGUGGAGGACAAGGCUCCUGAGGGAGAGCGGGUACGGAAGCAGAAGAAGCUGGAUAGGGAUUUGCCAAGUGUCAACGGUAAUGAUGCUGCCAGGAUGAUGAAGAAGAAGAUGAAGGAACACAUGUCGGUAUCGAGCGAGUUCAAUAUUGGCUGA